AUGGCCGGUAAAAAAUACGUGUGGUCUCGCGAUAGCGAGAUACUUUUAAUUCAAGAGGUAAAAGAGAGACCUCAGCUGUGGGAUCCAUCGCACCCUGAUUAUGCGAAGGCAUAUAAAAAGUCAAUCCAAUGGGAUGAAAUAGCGAAAAAGUUAGGCACUUGCGUUGACGCAACGAUGGUAAAAGAUCGUUUUGAUAAUAUGAGAACCACUUAUCAAAGAAAUUAUAACAAAAUUAAACAAUCAAUGAGAAGUAGGAAAGGAUCAGAUGACAUUUUUCAACCAAAAUGGGAUCUUUAUCCCCUUUUAACGUUUCUGAAAAAAAAUUGCGUUCAAGCAAGUAGCAGUUCAAAUUUGGAUGUUACAAAUGAGUGUGUAGACUCACAUCUGACAUCUGAUGACACUGAAUCGACAAUAAUUUUAGAAGAAAAUCAUAAUGCGUACUUUGAUGAGACAUUACAACAAUGGUUAUUGAUUCCAAAGGACAUCCAACCAUCUGAAGAAUAUACUGAGCUGGUUGAUAGUGGUGAUAAAAAUAAGAAUACAACCACUGUUCUUUGUCAACAGCAGUAUCCAAGUUCACAGGUGCUUUCAAAAUCUCCAUCGCCAUUACCAAGGCCUCUAUCAGUAUCUUCAAAGUCUACUUCUGCACCUAGAUGUGCCAGUGCUAAUCCAGCAAGUACUAGCACAAAGCGUUCUAAUUCUAGUAUUGAGGAUGGCGAUUUAUUCGUGAAAAGAGGAAAAAAAAGUAGCGGUAAUACAUCAAAUGUUAUGGAAGAAGCAGUUUCUGCUAUGAAACAAUUAUCAAAAGAUUCCACUGUCCAAAUGGAUACACAUGAUCAUUUUGGUGCUUAUGGUGCGGCUCGUUUAAGAGCUCUGGAUGCAGAGCAAUGGCAAAAAAUUGAAUUAGAAAUAAUGAAACUUUUUACUAAUAUUCCCUAA